GAGCAUGUUGAUUGAGAGCGUGAAUGUAAUUGUGUAUCCGGAAUAAGAUGAUAAAUAGUCUGGUUUGCAGAUCACUUUUUCACAAUCGUUUAGUUAACGUCGCCUUUACCCGUUCCUUUGUUACCAAGUCCAGUGUUUUGUGCUCAUUACCUGAAAAAGAAAAGAAAAAUAUGGCUAAUCCACGAGUUUUCUUCGAUGUUGAAGCUGACGGUGAAAAUCUCGGCAGAAUUGUCAUGGAGUUACGACCUGAUGUUGUUCCCAAGACAGCCGAGAAUUUCCGAGCUCUAUGUACCGGAGAAAAAGGUUUCGGUUAUAAAGGAUCAAUUUUCCAUCGAGUUAUUCCAAAUUUCAUGAUUCAAGGAGGUGAUUUCACCAAACACGAUGGAACUGGUGGUAAAUCAAUUUACGGAGAGAAAUUUGCUGAUGAAAACUUCCAACUUAAACACACCGGCCCUGGAAUCCUUUCCAUGGCUAAUGCUGGCCCAGGAACUAAUGGAUCACAAUUCUUCUUAACUACCGUUAAAACCUCUUGGUUAGAUGGUAAGCACGUUGUCUUUGGCAGUGUCGUUGAAGGUAUGGACGUUGUCAAGAAGCUCGAAGGCUUCGGAACCCAAAGUGGAAAACCCAAGAAGAAGCUCACAGUUACCAAUUCUGGCCAACUUUAAAUUUGCCAAAAAAAAUACCAAUCACAAUUACAAUUAGAAUUUAGAUUCUCUUUUUUUUUAUUUUCUCUAAAAUCAUUUAUCAUCAACAUUCUUAAAUGUUUUGAUAACUGAAUUCUCUCCGAAUAAAGAACUGAAUUAGUUGAA